AUGGCCCCAAAUCAAAUGAAUUUCAACAAUAUGCAUCUCACGCCGCAGUCGCGAUCAGUCUCGAUUGAACGGAACCAGAACGCAUUGGCCGAGCCAUCACAGCCACCGAGUAUCCCCGGGUCGUACGGACACUAUGCCACGCAGCCGGGGCAACCGCAGGGGACAUACCAAAGUGUGUCAAAUGACCCCGGGUGGACACAGCGCGUCUUGGAAGAGAUGAAGGAUCUGCUGCUCUUGCUGAAUGCUCAGGGCCGGAUCACCUAUGCGUCGCCGUCUUGCAAGUCGGUCACCGGCCGUGCCGCAAAGCAACUCGAGGGUAGUCUGUUCACCCAAUAUAUUCAUGAAGAUGACAAGGCCAUCUUCCUGAGGGACAUGGACGAUGCAGUGGCCACGAACCAACCGUUUCGCACUCAUGUGAGGCUGCACAAGUCGAAUAACACCUAUUCCCUCGUAGAAGCCUACGGUCAUCCGCACAUCGCAAAUGAGAGUAAUGACACUGGACGGCCAAGAAAUUCCACCAGCCAGGAUCGGUGUACGGGCUUCUUUAUCAUGUGUCGACCAUACCCCACAAAGAAUUCACUUCUGCUCGAUUCCUUUCUAGAACACAAGAUCGAGAAUGCUCGUUUGGUCCAGCAGAUCGCCAAGCUGAAACAAGAAGAAGACGAGGAGGCCAGCAUGUCCCGAUUGACCUACAACAAGAUCGACGAUAAAAUGCUUGACGCACAGUCAGCUGCUCAAGGAAGCGGCAGCGACCAAGACUCCACCGAAACCGUGGCCCCCAACUCGGAUGAAUCUGAUGACGUCCAAGGAGACUAUUUCUCUGAGCAUGCCCCUCGGACGGGGGGUCUCUCGCACAUUGAAGGCAUCGAGGUGAUGACCGGUCUUUACUACGGUGACGGUGAGAGAUCCCGAGGGCUCAGCACGGGCGCACGUCGAGGCCGCUUGAUUCAAUGCGACAUCGAUAUCACGACGGCUGCCGACCAAGCUCGUAACGUACAGGAAGGCGAUAGGCGCAAGAGGCUGAAGGGACAACAUGUUUGCACCGACUGCGGUACGGCCGACUCUCCUGAAUGGAGAAAGGGACCGAGUGGGCCAAAAACGUUGUGUAAUGCGUGUGGUUUGCGUUGGUCCAAGAAAGAAAAGAAACGACAGGAAUCUACAUGA